CAUGGUGAAAAAAGAAUAUUUUAGAUGUACAAAAUUAAAUUAAGUUGGUUGCUUGUGAAUUUAUACAAAUAAAGUUGAUUGAGUUUUUGGGAUCACUACACAACCUAUUUGAAGAUAUCACAAUAAUGAAAUCAAAAUACAAAUUACUGGAUCAAUAAAUAGCUUAAAACUAUAUUUCUUAAGAAAUUCAAUGUUCUAUAGUCCAUCAACAGGUGUUAUGGUUAAUCCACAUACUGGACUACUACCAUCUACAUUAGAUCCUAAUCAAAUGAGAAAUCAAGAUUCUCAAACUAUCAGUUAUGAUUUACUCAAUUCAUCAUCGAAUUUAUUAUCUCUUUUAACUCAUUCAUUGCAACCUAUUCAAUCAACCACAUUCGUCACUUCUAAUCCGCGUAUCCCAAUCAUUACGAAUACAACUGAUAAUAAUAACGAUAAGAACAAUCAUUUAAAUAUGUAUAAUAAUACUAACAGUAACUGCAGCAGUAUUAACAAUAGUUGUAAUCAGUCAACAGCACAAAAUAAAGAACAACAGGUAGCAGAAUUUAUUAAUACUAAUCGUGCCAAUAAAUUACAGUUUUUAUUGAAUUCUGUGACCAUAAAUUCAAUAUUACAAAACGGAGAAACCACUAAUCAUAGUCCUUUAAUUAAUUCUACAACUCAUUCCUUACAAACAGAUAUUAUAGGAGCAGAAAAUGAUCAAGUUGAAAUUAGUCAGCAUUCACAUUCUCUUACUAAUCAUCUUUCUCAUUCUUACUCAACUUAUAGUCAACAUAAUCAACCACAAUUACAAAUAUUCGGUCCAUCAACAGUCCCAUCGGUUCAACAAUCAUCAAUUACUGGAAUAAAUUAUCAUCCAUCAACCGUAUCUGAGAAUCUUGUUACAAGUGGUCAAGCACAUUAUCUUAUUACAGGUGCACCAAAUGGAACAAAUCCUAGUCAUACAACAAUAUUUGCUAAUCAUAUACAAACCUCACCAGUUACAUUGAUUCCAGAAAUUGAUUAUAAUACUUGUUCAAUUAUACAUACAUAUAGAAAUGGAUAAUAUGAUUUUUGAUUAGUUCUUCAUUUAACUUUAAAUUUACCUCUAAAAUUGAAUCGUUUUACAGGCACAAUAAUCAAAUGAUUGGGUGAAAACAUUCCUACUAAUUUCAUGUAGUCAAUAAAAAUAUAUUAUAUUUUUUUAUUAAAUUGUUCUCAACUCAACCAAAAUGCUCAAACUCUUCAGUGUGACUAAAAAAACAUACCAGUUUCCAAUAAUCAAUCUAAUAUUCAUUUAUUCUUCAUUGUUUGCAUCAACAAAAUCAGUACGAUCUUAUAUUACAGAUUAUGUUGCCAUAGAGAUUAUUAUUAUUAUCAAUUCUUUGAAUGUAAACGCAUGAAUCAAGUUUUUCCUGCCAUAUUCUACUUUCAUCUUUCUUUUCUGUACCCUUCAUUUCCAUAUGAAUUUUUUUACUGGAUCAUAUAAUAAUUACCUUGUUUAUUUCAGUGAAUCAAUAAAUUAAUUUUCAAUAUAUGCAUCUCUUAACAAGACAAUAAAGAAUAAACUACCUAAAUCAAUGAAAGAAAAAAUUAGUAACUUUGUAAACAUUAUAUACUGUGGUAACACUAACCCCCCCCCAUGAAAAUAAAAUGGAAAUUGUUUUUUUUUUUGGUUUUUUUUCAAUAUUCUCAUUAUUUUAAUUUUCUUUAAAUUAAUUUAUUUUCCAAUGAAAAAAAGCAUGUCCUUUUAAUUUUUCUUUUUUUAAACAUUAACCUUUACGAUAUUUCAUUUCGCUUUAUUAUUUUAAUCAGGUACUGUCUAUAAUCUUUAUAAAAAAUAAAAUAAACGUAUCAAAAUGGCUGUAAACUAUUGCAACUUGUGUUAGAGUACAGUUUUAUUAUAAUAAUAAUCCAAUUGUUUAUAAUUUACACUGUAUAAAUGGUUGUUUGUUUGUUUGUUUUCUAUUUAGUUAUUUAUUUAUAUAUAUCUGUAAUUCACUCAUUAUUUCUAUUUUAAAAAUUAUAAACAAUAAAAUAUAAUAGUUGCUCACUAAUAUAAACUCAUAAUAAAUACUACAAUGUUGGCAUUAAAG